AGGACCAAAUUCACCAAAACGCCAUGCAAUAAAUAUUUGACGAUACACCAAUAUUUCACUUACCAUAAAAGGUUUAUACCCAGAAGAUCAUACAAAGAAUGAAAUAACAACAGGACAGCUAGUGAAAUAUUUGAUGCUUCUUCUUCGUCGUCUUCUUUCCAUCCUCCUUGUUUCACGUUUCAAAGUCUUUAAGACUCUUUGUCGAAAAACGAUUUUGUCUCGAGGGGCAUAAAAUGUUCCAUUCCUUUUCUUCUUCUUCUUCCCUGAGUUAGUGCGCACCAGAUAAAACCUUGGUUUUGCUCUUUAGCCAUGGCAGACACAGAUUAUCGUUCUCCAAUAUUACUCUCCGUCACUCUUCUCCUCCUCUUCGUUACCGUCCUCUUCUUCUCCCCAUUAAACCGAAACCGAUAUCUUUCGCUCAAUCUCUCAUCUCCUUCUCACUCUUCGUCGACUGCUCAUGAUCACCAACAAACCACCGACAACGACAAAGCCUUGAAUGUCGUUUCAGCACCGGCGCCGGCGCCGUUUUACCAACAUGGACCUCCCUCCGCUCUCACUUCUUUGCCUGAAGUACUCGGUCUCAGUGUCAAAGUACAGAACAUGAGCAAAACGCAAAGAAUUGAAGAAGAGUUGGCUAGAGCAAGAGCCUUAAUUCGCAAAGCUAUUCUCACAAAGAAUUACACAUCUGACAGGAAUGAGAUUUACAUCCCAAGUGGAAGUAUAUACAGAAAUCCCUAUGCAUUUCAUCAGAGUCAUAUAGAAAUGGUCAAGACAUUCAAGGUCUGGGCAUACAGGGAAGGAGAAGUACCAAUGGUGCAUGAUGGGCCAACUACAUACCUCUACUCCAUAGAGGGCCAGUUCAUUUUUGAGAUGGAAAGUGGGCCGAGCCCCUUCAUGGCCAAGCAUCCUGAUGAGGCCCAUGCAUUCUUCCUACCAUUGAGCGUAUCCAAGAUUACUGACUUCUUGUUCAGACCUCACCAUGAGACAUUUUUUCAUCGACUGGAUCGCGUCUUCACCGACUACAUUUAUGUUGUACAAGAAAAGUAUCCUUACUGGAAUAGGAGUGAUGGAGCUGACCAUUUUAUGGUCUCUUGUCAUGAUUGGGCCUCAAUUAUCCAACGUGAUGACCCCAAGCCGUACAAGAAUUUGAUAAAGGUGUUAUGCAAUGCAAACAUAUCUGAAGGGUUCAAGCCUACUAGAGAUUGCUCAUUGCCAGAAUACAACUUAAAAGCCUACCAUCUUGGCCCUCCCCGUUUUGGGCUACCCCCUGGAAAACGUACUGUCCUUGCUUUUUUCGCCGGUGCAGCCCAUGGAGACAUUAGAAGCAUUUUGUUUGAGCAUUGGAAAGAAAAAGAUGAUGAAGUUCGGGUUUAUGAAAAACUUCCCGAUAAUAUAAACUACCACAAGAUAAUGGGACAAACCAAGUUUUGCUUGUGCCCGAGUGGUUCUGAAGUAGCGAGUCCUAGAGUGGUGGAGGCUAUGAAUGCAGGGUGUGUCCCGGUGCUGAUUUCCGAUUCCUAUGCGAUACCUUUUGCUGAUGUUCUUAACUGGAACAAGUUUUCGAUACAAAUUCCACCCAAGAAUAUAUCAGAAAUCAAGACAAUAUUGAAGGCUGUUCCACACAAAAGGUACUUGAAAUUGCAGAAGAGGGUGUUGCAAGUGAGAAGGCAUUUUGAGCUCAACCGCCCAGCUAAGCCAUUUGAUGUGUUCCAUAUGGUGCUUCACUCAGUGUGGCUUAAAAGGCUCAACAUUCGAUUACCUGAUAAAUUUUGAGGAUUAGAAGGCUUUAGCUUGUAAAGAUUUAAUCAUUCAUCACUUUCCUAACCACGAGGACGAUACUGCCUGUGAUUCCUUGUUCUGUGAGGAUUAUAUAUCGGUAUUCUCAGUU